CUUUGCUGUUUUCUCUUCACAGUAGUAAAUGAAUCUUCUUUCAUGGAAAAGAUAGAUAACACUGUUUCAGAAAAUACAAUUGAUGACAUGGACUCAUCAGAAACUGUGUGUUCUCAAAGUCUUCUAAUUACUGCCACCUCCUCUACUAGAGCGGAUAAUGGAUUCCAAAUAUAUGGACAAUUGGACACUUCAGUGAUUUGUUCAAAGGAUUUGUCAGACAGUACAGGAGAGAAGCUUUCAUUUACCAAGCCUGACUUCAGUUUUGUUGAUUUGGAUUCAACUAGUAGCAAUGAAAUAGACUUUGCAAAAGGUAAUUCAGUAAAAAACACACCCCCUGUUUCAUCCAUACAAUUACCUUUGCACAACUUAUUGGUGCAUUAUCCACUACACACUAAGAAUACUCCACCAGAAAUUAACGAGUCCUGGGAAGAACUUGAAAAUUGUCAGUCAAAUGAGACUUUAACAUUUUUGAUGAGUUUACCAUCUACAUACAUAUCAGAUCUUGAAAUAGACAUACAGGAACACAAUAAUACUAUACUUUCCAAUGCUAAUGAUGUAGAGCUGAAGGAACUUGAGACGUUUUGUCAGAAAAUACUUAAGAGCUCCUCAGUAACAAUGGAUGAAUUAUCAGGUACCCAGUUGGGGGUUACUUUCCAUGAAUGUCAGACUGAUACAGUUGAAAAUCCUGUUACUGGAGAAGUUUUGGAAAACCAUUUGGAAAUGGAGACUGAAGGUGUUUCAUUUGGGACUGAACCUGAUUCUCAGACUAAAGAGCAGCAAAAAUUAAGGUUUGGUAAAAAUAACACAUGCAGACCUAACAAGAGAAUGGGAAGAGAUACAAAUAUAAAUAACAGGUACAAUAUAUUCAAUUAUUAGGUUUAUACAAUUGCAAAGUUAAAAUCUGUCAGCUCUAUGCAUCUAUCACACAGCACACAGCAUAAAUUAGGUACAUAAAAUUAAAGGGAAGAUGGAUCAAAUUAAAGGUACUUUUUUGUUGAAAAAUUCUGAAGCUGUUGGAUACUAAUCAUGCUUAAUCUUAUUGUAAUAUUAGAUGCUAAUCUUAAAAUUCCCUCUAUAUGCA